AUGGCCAAGGGAAAAGAACCAACGGCACCCGAAGAGGUCGUCCACGUCUCGGGCCAGUCCAACAAGCCUCUAUCGGCGCCUGCCCACGCCCUCACGCACAAGCAGGUCACCGAAGAGCUCAAGUCCAACGCCCUCACCGGGCUGUCGGCCGCCGACGCACAGGCCCGCGUCCAGGAAUAUGGCCCGAAUGAGCUCGGCGACGCGGAGGGUGUGAAGCCGCUCCGCAUCGUGGUCGCUCAGAUCGCAAAUGCCAUGACCAUGGUCCUGAUCCUCGCCAUGGCUGUCAGCUAUGGCAUCCAGUCCUGGAUCGAAGGCGGCGUCGUUACCUUUGUCAUCCUGCUCAACGUUGUCGUUGGUUUCUUUCAGGAGUAUUCGGCCGAGAAGACCAUGGAUUCCCUCCGCUCGUUGAGCUCUCCGACUGCCAACGUCGUCCGUGACGGCGAGUCUAUGGUUGUUCCCUCUGCCGAAGUCGUUCCCGGUGAUUUGGUUGAGCUGAAAACGGGCGAUACUGUCCCGGCUGACCUCAGACUAUUCGAAGCUGUCAAUUUCGAAACCGACGAGGCUUUAUUGACGGGCGAAUCUCUCCCCGUGCGUAAGAAUGUCGAUGCCACCUUCCCCGACAACACUGGACCCGGCGACCGCCUUAACGUCGCCUACAGCUCGUCCAACGUGACCAAGGGACGCGGCAAAGGAAUCGUUUUCGCUACUGGUGUCUGUACCGAAAUCGGUGCUAUUGCCUCGGCUCUCCGUAAGAAGGACUCCCGUGUUCGCCAGGUCAAACGCAAGCCCGACGGCUCGGCCAAGCCGCACCGUUACCUGGAGGCCUAUACACUGACCUUCACGGAUGCUGUUGGCCGCUUCCUGGGUGUGAACGUCGGAACGCCGCUUCAAAAGAAGCUCUCUAAACUGGCCCUCCUCCUCUUUUUCAUCGCCAUCAUUUGCGCCAUCAUCGUCCUCGGUGCCAACAGAUUCGUGGCCGAACAAGAGGUUAUCAUCUAUGCCGUGGCCACGGGCUUGUCGAUGAUCCCGGCCAGUCUUGUCGUCGUGUUGACCAUUACCAUGGCCGCCGGCACGAAGCGCAUGGUGAAGCGAAAUGUGAUUGUUCGAAACCUCAAGUCGCUCGAGGCCCUGGGUGCCGUGACCGACAUUUGCUCCGAUAAGACCGGCACUUUGACCCAGGGUAAGAUGGUGGCUCGGGGCGCCUGGCUGCCGGGUAAGGGAACGUAUACCGUCGAGAACUCGUCCUCUCCCUUUAACCCGACGUCUGGCGACAUCCGCUUCGACUCGCGGUCUCCCCAUCAAAUCGAUUUCAAGCUAGGCGGCGACGCUUGCGGCAAGAUCGCUACCCCCGACCAGCUUCUGAAAGAGAGCAAUCUUGCUCUCACCGAUUUUCUGGACGUCGCCUCCCUCGCGAACUUGGCUACAGUUGUCCAGAAGGACGGGGAAUGGCACGCUCGCGGAGAUCCCACCGAGAUCGCCCUCCAGGUCUUCGCUUCGCGCUUCAACUGGAACCGGCUUCGCCUUACCUCCGGCGACAAGCCUGAAUGGUCCGAAAUCGCCGAGCUGCCGUUCGACUCGGACGUCAAGCGUAUGUCGGUGGUCAUGCAGAGUAACGCUACCGGCGAACUGUUCGCGUACACCAAGGGAGCCGUGGAGCGCGUGAUCCAGAUCUGCACCAAGUAUGCCCCCGAGGACGAGGCCACGCUCGUUGACAUGACGGACGAUUUCCGCCAGGAGAUCCUGAAGAAUAUGGAGACCUUGGCGGGUCUUGGCCUGCGCGUCCUGGCGCUUGCCAGUAAACCAUACCACGUGGACAUCAAAAAGGGCGACGACCCUGACCGGGCGUCCAUCGAAUGCGACCUCAUCUUCCGCGGUCUGGUGGGACUCUAUGACCCCCCGCGCCCCGAGUCCGCGCCCGCCGUGCGGACGUGCCACGAGGCCGGCAUCUCCGUUCACAUGCUGACUGGCGACCAUCCCGAGACGGCCAAGGCGAUCGCCAUAGAGGUGAACAUUCUUCCUCGUCGCAUGGACCGCGUCGCUCGCGACGUCGCGGCCGUUCUCGUUAUGACGGCCACCACCUUCGAUGCGUUAUCCGACGACGAAGUCGAUGCUCUUCCCGUGCUACCUCUUGUCAUCGCUAGGUGUGCGCCGAGUACGAAAGUCAGGAUGAUCGAGGCUCUUCAUCGCCGUGGCAAGUUCUGCGCAAUGACUGGUGAUGGUGUCAACGACUCUCCUUCCCUCCGUCGCGCCGAUGUAGGAAUUGCCAUGGGCCAAUCCGGCUCCGAUGUCGCAAAAGAUGCGUCCGAUAUCGUCCUCACCGACGACAACUUUGCCUCGAUCGUCGCGGCUAUUGAAGAAGGUCGCCGUAUCUUUGACAAUAUUCAAAAAUUCGUGCUCCAUGUCCUCUCCGAGAACAUUGCCCAAGCCGGAACUUUACUCGUCGGCCUCGUAUUCAAAGACGCGCGUGGCCUCUCCGUCUUCCCCUUAGCGCCCGUGCAGAUCGUCUGGAUCAUCAUGGCCACUUCGGGAUUGCCCGAUAUGGGUCUAGGGUUUGAACAGGCUGUGCCUGGCAUUCUUAGUCGCCCCCCUCAAUCGCUUAAGGCCGGCAUUUUCACUCUCGAAUUCCUGGUCGAUAUGGUGGUCUACGGCCUGUGGAUUGCGGCGCUCUGUCUAGCCAGCUUCUCCCUGGUAGUCUUCGGCUUCGGGGAUGGUGACCUAGGAGAGUUCUGCAACGACACAUAUAGCCCUGCCUGCGAGACGGUGUUCCGCGCUCGCGCCACCACGUUCGCCUGUCUAACAUGGUUCGCGCUCUUUCUAGCGUGGGAGAUGAUAGACAUGCGACGGUCCUUUUUCAGGAUGCAGCCAGGUUCCAAGCGGUACCUGACGCAGUGGAUGUUCGACAUCUGGCGGAACCAGUUCCUCUUCUGGGCUAUUAUACUGGGCUUCGUUACUUUGUUCCCCCUGCUCUAUAUUCCUGUUCUGAACACCGUUGUCUUUAAACAUCUGGGUAUCACCUGGGAAUGGGGCAUCGUUUUCAUCGCGGCCGGUCUUUUCUUUGCUGGCGUCGAGCUGUGGAAGUGGUGCAAGCGCAUCUUCUUCCGUCGGGUGGAGCGGCGACGGCUGGGAGUAGCAUGGAAAGACCGCGACGUCGAGGAACGUGUGUUUGGCGAGUACUUUUCCUCCUCCGACUCGAGCGCGCAGGCAUCUGAGAAGGAGGCCAAGAGACAGGAUUCCCAAUGA